AUGCAUAAAAUAAUUAUACUGAGUGAACCGACGGAUAUAGUACUUAUUGGAAACUAUUUAUUCGAAAAAUUUAAUCCGCAAUUUAUGGACUUUCUAAAAUGGUUAAAUAAUUUUGAAUUUAUGCUGAAUAUUGUGCAUCUAUCAGAUGAUCAAAAGGUUAAAUUUUUAUUAAAUUUAUUAGUACCUGAUGCACUUAUGUGUAUUCAAAUAAAAGUACUUCCAGCUAAUCCAAGUGAUUUUUCAUACGAUGAGAUUAUAUCCUACUGCGAGGAAUUGUUCUCAAGUUAUCAGGGAACAUGGGCAGCAAACUAUCGUUUUAUUUAUCGAAAUCAAUUUAGUAUGGAAAGAAUACCAGACUUCAUGCUUGCUUUAAGAAAACUUUGUAGUAAAGCCAAUCCCGAGCUUAGAAGUAAUAAUGCUUUGAAGGAACGAUUCAUAGAUGGAUUAGCAAAUAAAAAUAUACAAGCGAUAUUGAGAAGUUGUUCAAAUUUAACAUUAUCCAGAGCAGUUGCUAUAGCCAAUAAUCUGGAACUUUAUAAUAUUUCGACUAAAACUCCUCCAGUAUAA